UGCAGCGUCUUUCUUUCUCUUUCUCUGUGGCUUCUCGGCAGGGGUCUGCCCCCGAAUCUUCACCUCCCAAUCCCUCUUACUUCUCUCCAGCUAGCCCCGGCGAUGCCGCUCGUGGCUGCUCAUGCCUCAGGCCGCCUUCGGCGGGGCUGCUUCCUCCGGAGCCCGACCCCGCUAGGGUUGUGGCUGCUGUUGCUGGGCUCAUGUCUGUGCGGCUGGCUGCAGGUUUCCGAAGCGGCGGGCUCCCGGAGGCCCAAUGUGGUCCUGAUUCUCACCGACGACCAGGAUGACCUGCUCGGAGGCAUGACACCACUGAAGAAAACCAAGGCCCUCAUUGCAGACAUGGGAAUGAGUUUCUCUAGUGCUUAUGUUCCAAGCCCCCUCUGCUGCCCCAGCAGAGCCAGCAUUCUGACAGGGAAAUACCCGCACAAUCAUCAUGUUGUUAACAACACUUUGGAAGGAAACUGUAGCAGUAAGCUAUGGCAGAAGAUUCAAGAACCAAGCACCUUCCCAGCAAUCCUCAGGUCCAUGUGUGGCUAUCAGACAUUUUUUGCUGGGAAGUACUUAAAUGAGUAUGGAGCCCAGGAUGCUGGUGGAGUGGAGCAUGUGCCUCCAGGGUGGAGUUACUGGUAUGCAUUGGAGAAGAAUUCAAAGUACUACAAUUAUACUCUUUCAGUCAAUGGAAAGGCAUGGAGGCACGGUGAAAACUAUAGUCUGGACUACCUGACAGAUGUGUUGGCUAACAUCUCUCUGGAUUUCCUGGACUACAAGUCAAACUCUGAGCCCUUCUUCAUGAUGAUCUCUACUCCAGCCCCUCAUUCCCCUUGGAUAGCUGCUCCUCAGUAUCAGAAGAGCUUUCAAAAUGUCAGCGCACCCAGAAAUAGUAACUUUAACAUCCAUGGGAAGAACAAGCAUUGGCUAAUUAGGCAAGCCAAGACCCCAAUGACUAAUUCUUCAAUACAGUUUUUAGAUGAAGCAUUUAGGAAAAGGUGGCAAACUCUACUGUCAGUGGAUGACUUAGUAGAGAAAUUGAUAAAGAGACUGGACUUAAAUGGGGAGCUAGAUGACACCUUCAUCUUUUAUACAUCAGACAAUGGCUAUCAUACCGGGCAGUUCUCCUUGCCUAUAGACAAACGACAAUUGUAUGAAUUUGACAUCAAAGUGCCGCUGCUGGUUCGAGGGCCUGGUAUCAAAGCAAAUCAGACAAGUCAGAUGCUCAUUGCUAACAUUGACUUGGGUCCCACUAUUUUGGACAUCGCAGGCUAUGACUUGAACAAGACCCAAAUGGAUGGAAGAUCCUUGUUGCCCCUCUUGAAAGGAGCCAGUAAUUUGACUUGGAGAUCGGAUGUCCUGGUGGAAUAUCAAGGAGAAGGAUAUAAUGCCACCGACCCAACUUGUCCUGCUUUAGGCCCUGGAGUCAGUCAAUGUUUUCCAGACUGUGUGUGUGAAGAUGCUUAUAACAACACAUAUGCUUGCGUGAGGACGAUGUCAAAGUCGUGGAACUUGCAGUAUUGUGAAUUUGAUGACCAGGAGGUAUUUGUAGAAGUCUAUAAUCUGACUGCUGACCCACAUCAGAUUGACAACAUUGCUAAAACAAUAGAUCCAGAUUUCUUAGGGAAAAUGAAUUAUCGACUAAUGAUGUUACAGUCUUGUUCUGGACCAACAUGCCGUACACCAGGAGUUUUUGAUCCAGGGUAUCGGUUUGACCCACGGCUCAUGUUCAGCAAUCACGGGGGCAGUAUCAGGACUCGAAGGUUUUUAAAACCGUCUCUGUAGUAACCUUACCUAGCCCAUGCAGUGGGAUUCCUGCAUUUCUCUCUGGAGUGACUAUCGUGGGUCUCUCUCCAAAUCAUCGAGAGCAUGCCUGGACAAGAUUCUGGACUGGCUUCUCAUUUUAAAUCCAAUUUGGGAAAAAACCUAAUCAGCUGACCUCCUUGCGCAAUAUGUUUUUAAAACUGUGAACUCCAGUUCCCACCACAGUGAGAGGUGGCCAGUCUGUGAUCGAUCCAUUUACUCAGCAUUUUGAGGUUUUUGUAUACCUUUCUGAACCCAGAGUUCCUGGUGAUCACCCGUGGUUCAGGAUCUGAAUAACAACCGAAGAAUGAGUUUACAAAUGAAUUAUAUAGAGAAAUAUUUCACUUUUUUGCCCUUGUUGGUACAAAAGUUAAUCUACACAUCUCUCUGAUAUCAUUUCAGAUUUUUAGUGUUUUUGUAGCAGAAAUACCAGCCCAGAAUUCUAAUCGCCAUAAUAUCACUCAUGAUCUGAAUUGAACAAGUGCCAUAGUCUUUGGACUAUAAGCAAUAUCACUAACUCUCAUGAGUGUGGCAGCAUCCCAGACCUCAUAGACUAAUUAGUCUUUUCCUGUUUUUUGGGUGGUGUUUUUUUUUCUUUCUUUUAAAUCCUGGACUAAUGCUUUUAGACAUAUUCCCUAGAAAAACAGGCUAUCUCAAUUCAGCAGCAAGCUUUCAUUAACAAUAAUAAUAAUUCCACAUAGCUGGUAUUUUAAAGGUGACCUCUUGAGCUGUUGGUAAGUAAAACAAGUGCUGCUAUGUAGUUAGGAUUACCAGUCCCUGAUUGUGCCCAGAAAUGGCUGUUUUCCCAAGAAAGCAACAAGUGCGCCCCUUCUCCCUGCGCUACUGAGAAGUGGCACAUAGCCGGGCACUGAUGAGAGCGCCAAGGCAAGAGCCUGCCAGAAGAAGCUAGUCUUAGGCUGACGUAUUCGAAUACUACACUUUUGACUACCUGUCGAGUAGUUGGUUCUUUAGUCUGCCUUGACUUGUCGUUUGACUCCUCUGUGCCAAUUUAUCGGCAAACCUGUUUUUCACAACUUUCCCAUUUCCCACCCCCUCUUCUUCCCUCAGUGAUUGCCUAGAAGUAUAAAAAUUCUGCCCCUUUCCUGUCUGAAAUCAUUAAGUAAUUUAGAAGUGUUAGAAUCUCCUGUGGUUUAACCCUGGUUCUCACUGUGGAGAAAAACUAACCAUUGUCAUGCUUCCCACCCUGAGAGAUCUUAACACCAUGCAGUAUUGAUGUUUAACUUAUAUCUACUUUUUAAAAGCGAGAACCAAUUUAUAGGAGAGUAGGCAGAAGGAAUAUGUGGUUCGCAAUGGACUGACUUGUCUCAGGCAAAAAAAAAAAAAAAAAAAAAAAAGAUUUUUAGCUUUAUUUAGGGUUGUACAUGAAGCUUUAAAUGUCUUGUUUUUCAUCCUUAGUUAGAUAGCAAUUCUGGGUUAAUAGCCAUAGGAUUUAUCCCUUUACAUGAUUCCCAUUUCAUGUGGGAUUCCCGAUUUAUAUAUGUAAUUCAGAUUAACCUCUGCAUGUUAUCCCUGUGGAAAAACUCUUUAAGAGGAGGAGAUGUCUAGUUAGUGUUUUUUGAAAAGCCAUUCUUAAAGCUGAAAUGACAUAAGACAGACCAGGAGGUCACACUAGAAUGGGGGAUGACUUUUUGUUCUUUACAUUUGAUUCUUUACAAGAGUGAAAAAAACAUAUAAGCAAACUGAUUCUCAUCUAACACAGUAUACAGUACUUACUAAUAAAAAUAAAUACUACCAUUUUUCCAGAGUAAAAAGAAAUAUAUUUUCCCAUUCAGUCAUUGAGAGUAUCACUCCCCUAUUCCAGUUUCAAAAUAUAGGAACCUAUCACACAAAACAUUAAAAUCCAACUAAAGCGGACUGCCUACGAUGUUGCUGCCCCAUUCCUCGCAAUAUCCAAGGGAUGAAAGAAGCUCCAUGGCUUCUUUCCCUGCCAUCUCCCAAGUUGUGUUCAUUGGUUCUCCAUCCUUUGUAAAAGCGUGCAAAGGAACUAAUGGUGUUUUUGGAGGGGAGGAGGGAGUAGUAUUGACGAUCCUAAAACCUGGUGCCGUAUCCAGGGGAAAUCAGAUUUGAUCCUCCCAGGAGGUUUUUCUCCACCACCGGUAUUGAUCAUCCAUGUUGUGGCUGGAUUUCGUGCUCCUUUUUCUCGAGAUGACUAUGCCCUGUGUGCACCUUUUAUUACCAAUGAGCCAUGUAACUCAACACAAAUAGAGACCUUGCCUUACGACCCUUCCCUUAGGAAGCUGUUUCUCAGUCAGUAAUGGGACAGAUUCAGACACUUCACCAGUUUACUCUGGUCUGCAAAACAACAGAUUUUGUUGGACUAGCAAGAGAAUGUGGGCAGCAUGCGUGUGUUCCUGGCCUGGCAAAUACACACAUGUAACUUCUUUCAAUGGUAUGUUAUAACUUAUCUCAUUUCUGGGGAGAUGUCAUCCCAGGUGUCCGUGAGGAGAAAACGAAGGCUUUACUUGACCAGGAUGUACACUGGAAGGCGGACUCAGUCGACCAAACAACCAAAGCAGAUGCUCCUUUUCAGUCCUUUGGUUAUGCUGCUGAGGUCCAGCCAUCGUGUCGUUUGACUCUGUCUUGUUAACCUUGCCCCUCCUUUGUUGUGUUAUUUCAUAUGGUUUAGAAGUGCCCUUCCGAGGACCCUGUUCACUGCUGCACUUUUCAAUGAAUUAAACUAUCUAAUGGAAAAGGUCA